UUCGCCCCAAACCACACCUCCUCUCAAAAAGCCCAACAAAACACAAAUCAGAGAGAAACAAAAACAUUCGCUCCCCCCCUCCCCCUUUUUUUUUUAAAAAAAAUUUAUUUUCUCUCCCAAUUUUAAAAAGAAAAAACGAAUUAAAUAAAUAAAAUGGAUGAUUUCUCAGCAUUAGAACUCAUAAGACAGCAUCUCCUAGCUGAUGACACCAGCUUCGACGUCCACUCCCUUGAUACCACAGUUACCAGCUUCAUCAGCGCCCUCAGUUUCGACGCCGAGCUGUGUUCUGUCAAGAUCGAGAGCCCUUUUUCCGAGUCCGAGUCCGAGUCCGAGUCCGAGUCCGAGUCGUCCAGCUCUCCCUCUCCCACUUCGGGCAAUGAUGAUCUUCUUUACAUCAAGCCAGAGCACAUUGACCGCAACCACCUCCACCUAGUGACACUGAACCACAAGUACUCCCUUCCCCGGGAAUCACCACCACCGGAAGUACUGAAGCGGCUUUCGCGGACCAGGUCAGACCCUGAUCAACAUGACCAGAUGAUCAUCGGCCAUUGCCAUUACAGAGGUGUCCGGAGAAGGCCGUGGGGCAAGUAUGCAGCGGAGAUCCGGGACCCUGCCCGGAAGGGGAGUCGAGUCUGGCUCGGGACAUUUGACACGGACGUGGACGCUGCCAAGGCUUAUGACUGUGCCGCCUUCAAGAUGAGGGGCCGGAAGGCGAUCCUGAAUUUCCCGUCCGAGGCUGGAGACGCGGCGCCUCCGGCGAAUGCUGGACGGAAGAGGAGGAGGAAGCUGAAGGCGAGGGAAGAUAUUCAGGAGGAGACAGCUGGAGCUGAACCGGGGGUGGCCGUAGCAGAGUCGACGGAGAGUCCUCCUGCUGGUGCUGGUGAUUCCUGCUGGGAUGAUCAGGAAGAUGUUCGUGUGCAGUCGGUCCAUCGAGAUAAUAAUUGAAUUUGAGCGGUGAUCAGAAAAAAAAAAUGUUAAAUUAGUGUAAUUGAUAAAAUGUAAAAUAUUCCCUUAUCGAUCUAUCUAUCCAUCUACCUUGAUUAAAAAUCUGUCUUGGAGGAAGGAGCCUAUGCUCUUUGUUCUUCUCUUGGGCUGUAAUUAAUUAAUGUAAAAUAAAUAUGCCAAGGAAAAGUUUGCAAGCCAAUUUAAUUAUUUAAGUC